AUGGAGGACUUGAUCGCGGAGGCGGUUCGCGCCGAGGGCGACGAAGGCGACAUGGUCCGGCUGCUCAUCGACAUCGCGGCCCAAGCCGAGGACGACGUCGGCCUCCGGACGCAGGCCAUCAAGGUCAGUGGGCAGCUCGUCCGCCGCCGGUGCGACGCGCUGCGCCCGAUCGACCACGCGUCCAUGAGCAAAGGGCCGAUCCAAGACCCGCCGGCGCUCGCCGGGCCAUAUGCACUCGUGGCAACCUACCUCUCGCUCAUGAAGAAGCUUGUGGCCGAGCCAGGUGACCAGACCGCCCAGCUCGCCGAGGUCGUGCGGACGCUCCACGACCUCCUUGUCGCCCACACCAACCCGUAUGACGUGUACAGCCUCUGGGACGCGCUUGAAGCCAAUAUCGGCGACGCUUUCACCGGAUUGCUACUGCAGCUGCUCCAAGGCGUGCUUGUGACCGAGUUGGACCCGGCUGCCAGCAUUCGUCGCCACGUGUUUGUGCUCCACGGCCCCCACGCCGGUAUCGUCGCGCCAGCGGGGGCGUUAAGCUCGACCAAGAAGGGCUACUCGUUUGCAACCGGGAUCCUCAUCGAGCCUGGAACGCCCGUCAUGUCGCUUCUAAGCCUCCGCGGGUCCAACGGCCAUGGCGUCACGGUCCUUCUCGACGGCGACUCGCUCUUGCUGGCCACCCACACGUCGAGCGGGACGUUUACAAAGCUGGUCGUACCGCUGCCGAGCCGCCGGCACAUGGAGCACCACUGGACGCACUUUUGCCUCGUGCACGCCAAGAAGAUGGUGUUUAAGGACAAGAUCUCCAUCUACAUUGACGGAGCCCUCGUGUACAGCGGGAGCUUGCCGUACCCUGACACCGCGCAGCUUGUCGACGGCCACAACUGCAUUGGCACGAUGCCGCACUUUCCGUCCUUCCAAGGUCGCCUCUGGCUUCCGACGUUGUUUGGCACGGCGCUCAGCGACGCCGAGGUCGGCCAGCUCCACUGGCGCGACGGCGCACCGCUGCUCCGAGCAUGGCUCUAUGAAAAUGUGGGGCUGCCCGACAAGACGCGCUUUGUCUACGCGUACGACGCCCGGGCCUGCGCGAUCGUCGCACGCGCGUGCUUUGACGUGAGCCGCAGCAAUGGCGACGGCUGGCUCGAGCCCGGGACGGUGCCCGUGCGCACCGUGUCGCUGCCGUCGGCCAUCCUGACCCUCGGCGGUAUCACGGCGAUGCUCUACGGCUUGGUCCGCGAUCCAACGUCGAUCACGGAAGCGUCGGCGUUGGCGUGCCUCCACACACUCAUUGCCGGCCUGCGCGUGAGCCCUCGCUGCCGUGGCCACUUCGUCCGCACCCACGGCUCCAAGGUCGUUGCGUCGAUGCUCCACGCGCUCCCAUCGCUCUCACUGCCGAUGCUGCAUGCGAUCAAGGAGCUCAUUGAUGUGCUCUCGACGGCCGUGCUUUCGCCUCGACUGCGCUCGAUCGUUCUCGUCUUGCUCGUCAUGAACGCGGCGUGGUAUCGCACGCCAUUCGAGACGCAGCUCGCCUUGCUCUCGGAGACGCUCCCAACAUACCGCGAGCUCCUCGAGACGGCCCAAGGCGGCGACUACACGGUCGUCGACGUGAGCUACUGGUGCGGCGUCCUUCGGCGGUGGUAUGCUACGUCCACGAGUCUCGCACUCGACGAAGCACGUCUGUGCUGCAAGCUUGUGCUCGAGAGCCACGUGGAGCCUCGCCUCUUUCCAAAAAACCCAGCCGCCGCCGACCCGUUCUUGCAGCUGGUCGUGUACUUGGACGACCGGCUCGCGCACCUCACGGCCGCCGACGCGGACGUGGUCGAGAUCCUCCGUUUCUUGGCGCGUGGACUGGGCGACGGAAUCAAACCGUCGGGGCCAUCGUCGCCACCGCCGAUGAACCGGACGCUCCGGCAACUGCUCAAAUGGACGCCGCCGUGCGUCUGGUACAAGUGGCUUCGAACCCCACUGGCCGCCAUUCGCCUUUUGCUGUUACAAACCUUUGAAACGAUGAUGCUCACGCUCCCACUUCGGUAUGAUACCGCAACAAGACUAGUCUAA